CGGCUUCCUCUGUCAUUACAGUUCACCAAAAAUAAAAGUAUGCGAAAGAGUCGUGUAGGAUUCUUCUUGAUUUGUUAGCCUGUGUGGCUAAACAGCUCCAAGUUAACUAAUGAUGGAGGACGAGGACGUGUCCGAUAACUGGGAAGAAGCUGCGGAUAGCGGAGAAAUCGACAGGCGACUCGAAGCGAAGCUGAAAAUCAGUCAGAAAUCUGAAAGUGUGCCUGUGAAGACGGGGGUGGUGAUUCAGGACGAAUCCCUACCUGCGGCUCCGCCCCCUCAGAUCCGUAUCCUGAAGCGCCCUCCCUGUAACGGUGUCUUAAACACACAGGGUGCGAACACUCGACCCGCACAGCAGCCCAAAUCUCUGAAGCAGAGAGAGGCCGAGUACGCCGAGGCCCGGAGGAGGAUUCUGGGUAGCGCCAGUGCUGAAGAACCUGCGCGGGAGAGAGAAGACUCGGACAGGCCUGCUUCUGAAUCUCUUCAGUGGAACAGUAACGUUAUUCGGCAGCCCCGGGGGCCGGACGGCACGGCAGGGUUCCGCCUCAGCAGAUAGAGAGACAGCCAGCACUGAGGACGUAAAGAAAAGCAGAGUCGCUUCGGUCAAGAUCUCUCAUCCGUCUCCUCUUUUCCGUCUGAGCGACGGAGGACGUGACGACCGUGUGAUCACUGUCUCGGCGUGUACGCUGUGAGUCUCUCAGUAACACUCACUGGGGUCCAGGCAGGAAUCACCGCAGCGUUCCGAUACGGCUCAGAGCGCCCUUGUUGACUUCCCCUAGUGACUCGGAUGUGCGUGAACGGUGCAGCCGAGCCUCCUCCUGUAAACACUACAGAGUUGUAGCAGCUCACUAACUCGCCGGUUGAAUAGCACGCUAAUUUCCUGGUGUUCAGUUCACUAAGUUUGAGCGUACAACACAGAGCUCAUCCAAAGUUCCAUAUAUAUUUAUAAGCCUAAUCUUUUUUUACAGCAUGAUUCUCGCCCUUUAUGAAAAGGCCGCAGUGCCUUCUGGGAAGUUUGAGCUCCCAGCGUGUACCGUGAUGUCAACUCGGCCUCGAAAGGGCAGUCCAACAAAAUUCAGCUGAGCUGAAGAAGGAGCCAGACGAGGGGAGGUGGACAAGGGUGCAAGAAAAACCUCAAGAAAACAAUAAACCCCUGUCUGAUCCGUUACACUGACGAGACAGACAUGAGAAACGAUUGGGUCCCGAACCGAGCCUCUGUUAGAUCGAGGCUUUAAAGUUUGUCCAAAGAUAUAAAUGUCUACAAAACCUGUGGGAUGUCUCUCUCUCUCUCUCUCUCUCUCUCUCUCUCUCUCUCUCUCACACUCUCACACUCUCUCACACACACACACACACACACCAUGAUAAACUAAUAGCUAUAUUCGUACAUGUUAGCUACAUUAGCUUUCUGAAAGUAAAGUAAAGAUUAUAACAGUCAGAGGGAAAGUGGACGUUGUGGACGCUUCAUUUUUUUUCCCUGAAUUCACUUUAAUUUGAUGUCUGAUGUACUAACACACAUUAAAACUCAAACGCAGCAAUAAUAUCAUAUAAAGGGGACAGGAGUCGGGAGAACAGCUGGAAACGUGUCUGAUUAUUCCACCUGCUUUUGUUGUUUUGUUUUGUUUUUUGUAUUUUAAACAUAUGUAUUUCUGUGUGAAUUUCAGUGAGAAUGGAAUUGUUCAUGUGUCUGCAGACUGAACAGCGCAGUUUAUAUAUAUAUGAAUAAGACAUUUUCACGUCUCUGUGGUUACCGUGUGAUGUUUAAGAGACGUUGCUUAAAUGGUUUGCAGCUCAGGAGAUAAAGAUGGAUCGUGAUCUUCGGGAACAGGACGUAGUUACUGCAGGAUCACUGGGACACCAUGAAGAAGUUUUUUUAAUUACGAUGUUGAGAAAACAAAUUUUUAUUUUUUAAGAUGACCAGAAAAAAAUUGUUGAAGACUUUCUGUAAUGAAGUGCUGCAGCCAGAGUGGACGAUUGUUUUCUGUCAGUCCUCAGUGCUAUGAAGAAGUAGUGACCAUCAACCAGCAGUGCUUCUGUUAAAUAUAAACUCUGUGUUAAACAGAUGGUGAGGCGUGUGAGUGGAGUGUGAUGGAGUUACAGACUCGCAGAAAGCCAUGUGUUGCCAGAAAGCACUAUUAGGUGUGUGUAGGUGUGUGUGUUUGUGUGUAGAGCCAUCGUUGAUGCUUAGAUGUUUAUUUACAGCUCUAAGCCGUAUUUCAGUCGCUCUCUUGUUUCACUCCUGCCUUCUUUUCGUUCGUGUGAGUGUUUAUGACUCCGAGUGGCUCUGAGAUUAAAAGCUGAGCUUCUCAGAGUCCCACAGCAGCCCUUUAACUCUCAAAUAAAAUCCAGUCAGAUUACCUCACAGCAGUUUCAUUUUCUGAACAUCAUCCAGCUCUUCAUCUGGCUCUUCAUCAUUUGAGCUGUAGAGCUUUUCAUUCCUGACCUUUUCACACACAGAUGAGGGUUUGUUCAACUCGAGGUGAUUUAUAGACCAUGGGCUUUGUUUCUGAAGUGCUGUGCUUUCAAGGAAAUAGAUUUAUUAGUUUGGGGAAAGUCUUAAUAUACAUGAUGAUCCAUUUCACUCCUCUUUUUUAAUGAAACACUAGGAUUAAAGGAGAGCUUCAGGAUCCAGUGGUACAGUCACACUGAACCUCCUUUCCUUAAGGUGUGUGUGUGUGUGUGUGUUAUAUUUAUCCAGUGCCUAAGAGCUCAGAUUAAUCCUUCUUUCAGAUUAAAUCUUGACUUCCUUCAGCCAGAGGCAGUAUGCAGGAAGUCGCUGUUGCAGAAAACCUCCAGAAGCGUCUUUCACUUCCUUUAAACUGACCGAACACUCGGAGCAGAACCCAUGCAGAUUGUGUACUAAGUAUAUUUACGCUCUCGUCGUUAGACUUGUUUCUACUGUUACCUUAAAGUGUUGAGUUUUCCGAGCUCUGUGCGGUCUCACACGCUGCCGUCCACAUCUGAGUCUAGCGCUGAUUCCUGCAUCCCCACGCUGACGGAGUAGUUCUUUCCUUAGAACUAAAUAAAGAUAACUGAAAGCACUGCCCUCGUGCCAAGACCAAAUUUCAAACCCUUACCGCUUCUCCGGUUGAAGAUAACCCUAGAGGAACUCUUUGAGCUUUGAUGUGGAAUGAGAUCAGAAAGAGUUGUGUUUUAUUUAGCUGAGAACCCUGAGAACCCUUAACUAUUCAGCAGAACCAUAGAUUCCAGUUUGUGGUUUAAGGCAGCGGUGUUGAGUCAGGAGUUCUCUGCUGCUCCUGUCUCAGAUUCUCACACACUGAAGAGGCUUAGUGCUGAUUCACACACAAUAAUUAAAUCCUUCAGGAGGAUCUGUGCUUCUGUGGAACUGUUUAUUUCCCACGAUCCUUUGCCUUAUUUACGUUGUGUUGGAAAUGUUUUAACGUGAUGUGACGUUCCUGUCUGCUUCCUCUCUGCACUCCUGUUCUCCAGCUCCAUCUGUCUGUUAACAAAUAAACUUUAUUCUGGAGGUUCA